AUGUCUCGACGACGAGAGGCGCACGACUUGGAGCGCGUGCUUGCGCUGUCGCAAGCGGAGGCGCAGCGUGCCUCGCAGACAGAUACGGCGCCGUCACCGCCCGAGACGGAGACGUCCUCGAAAGGCGGGGCGCAGGCCGUGGCGCCGCAUGCCUCGGAGCCUGGCAAGGCGCACGCGCGAAAGCGCUUUUUCGGCAAGCCGCUUCGCACGCUACUGGUGUCGGACAAGACCAGCCGCAUGCCAGGCCUCGGGCGCCGCGUACGUCUGCCGCCCCUGCACCCGCACCGGCGUCUGCCGCCGCCCAAGCGGCCGCGCCUGCCGACCAAAGACGCGCCCCCGCCCAAGGAGGGCAGCGACGCGGAAGAGGAGGAGAACGGUGAGCCUGAGCCAGACUAUGAGAACGAGGGCUUUUUGUAA